AUGCAAAACGAAACAGCACACUGCAAGAAGGCCCUGAUGGCCCGUUGCUCCGACGAUCCCUAUAUUUCGGCGCGCUACUACUACAGUCCCUCGGCAGGAUGGGGCCCAAGGGCUGCACUCUGCCAGUAUGACAUUAAUCCGCUGCGGUAUACCCGCGCUGAACGCUACUGUGACCGACUAACACGCGAUGUAGAGUUCCAGUUGCACCAUGGGUCGGAGGAGGCGGCGUCCCAGCGCAAUGUCACCGAUGUGAAGAGUGCGGUCUGCGAAGGCCUGCGCACGUACGUGGAGCGACUGGAAGGUCCGCUCAACGCGACGCUGUCCAGCGUUUGCGGGUCGGACGCGGUGGAAGCUAUGCGCGAUGGCUACCGAGCACAACAUGCCGCUUUCUGUAUUUCCUAAAAUGACCUUGCAA